GUCAGCCCAACGCAGUGCAACUCUGCAAGAUGAAAGCAAUAACACGAGGAGUAAUAAAAUCAUCCUAAAAUAUAAAUAAAGAAUUCAUAAAUUAAAAUCGCGACAUGGCCAACUGGAGGAAGUUUAUCUUGUGGUUCGCCCAAGAGCAUGUCGACUUUCGAGUGCAGGAAUUUGAGUCGCUGGUCAAAAUGUUUGGACUUCAAGUCCGGCUGCUCACUGAACAGACCAUGAAACCAUUUUGGGUGGUUGAAUUUCGGGACACGGAUACUGCGUUGCAAUACGCAUCUAGGUCGAUUUCGUUGCGCGCCAUGUUCGAGCUUUACGCCCACUCCAACAAAUUACCAGAGUUUCACCAGAGGCUCCGGAAUCAUAUUACCGCGAACUGGAACACGCUUGUGGAAUACUUUCGGGUGGAGUCUAGUUUUAAAAUCGUUGUGGAGACCUACAACAAGCACUUCAGUCAAAGGGAAAAGGUCGAGAAAAUCGAGUCAAUGGAUUACUUGCCAAUAGAGGGUCCGGUCAACCUAAAGAAUCCCCAGGUGGAGUGGUGGUACAUCGAGUUUUGGGGCCUUAAUCCUACGGCUGUGCCAGCAGAGCCUGAGGACAUUAUGUUCGGUCGGCUGGUGGCCUAUGGCCAGCGGCAUUUGAUCAAGGAGCUUUCGCUGAAGCAGCGAAAGUUUAUCGGCAACACCAGCAUGGACGCUCAGCUGAGCCUGCUAAUGGCCAACCAGGCGAUGGUACGUAAAGGUGACCUGGUAUUUGACCCCUUUGUGGGGUCGGGCUCGCUUUUGGUAAGCGCCGCCAAGUGGGGCGGGUAUGUCCUGGGAGCUGACAUAGACUACAUGAUGGUGCACGCCCGCUGCCGGCCGAGUCGCAUAACCCAAAAAGUGCGUGAGAAGGACGAGAGUAUUCGGGCCAACUUGAAGCAGUAUGGUUGCGCUGAUCGCUACAUGGAUGUGGUGGUGGCCGACUUCUCUAACCCGGUGUGGGAUCCUCGUAUCUCGUUUGAUAGCAUAAUUACAGAUCCUCCAUACGGAAUAAGAGAGGCCAUGGAAAAGGUGGAGAAGAAGAUUAGCUUAAAGGCCAACACUAGAAGUGACAACAUGGUUCAUUACCCAUCAACGUCCCACUAUUCCUUGCAGAGUCUCUAUGGGGACCUACUUGUGUUCGCUGCGAAGCACCUAAAACUCGCAGGACGUCUUGUCUGUUGGCUACCAUUUCACAGCGAAGACUACGACCCUAAGAUGCUGCCACAGCACCAGAAUCUGAUACUGAUAGCCAACUCAGAGCAGCAAUUGACUGGAAAAACUGCAAGACGGCUUCUCACCUAUGAAAAGUGUUCCGAGUAUAGUCCGACUGAACCCUUUUUGGGCAGCACAACACAGUUGCCGACGCUCUCGCAGGACUUCAGGGAUCGCUACUUUAACAACGCUCUGGAGUCACGGAAGGAGCGUCGUGUGCGGAAGGCAGAGGUGCGCAAACAGGCUCAAGUGGAGAUGAAUGCACGGGGAAAGAUUCCCUCGGAUGGGCGCUCAAAAAAGCGUGAUCUGAAUAAGGCUCGAUUUGUCUGAUCUCCGUAAAAGUUCAAUUUAGGGCAACUUUAUUUGUUGGCUGUGUGUCGCUGAGUUUUCUUUUAUGGCAUAAGAUUUUGAUUCAGAUUUGAAUAAAAAAGGAUAUAGAUAAUUAUGA